AUGGCCGAGGAGAAGAUGAUGGAUGAUCAGACGGCGCAGAAGAAGACCUCGAUCGGAGAUGAUGAUGAUGAUGAUGGUGAUGGGCCACUAGACGUCGAGCUGUCGAACUCGGCCCUGCUGCUUGUCGAUAUCCAGCAUGAUUUCGUGUCGGACGAGGGUGCGCUUGCGGUCGGGUCUGCUGGGGAGAUCUUGGCGACGGUCUACGGCCUGCUCGAUGACGAGGAAUUGGGCUGGAAGGCAGACUUCCAUCCGCCGGGGCAUAUCUCCUUCGCCUCGACCCACCAAGCCCAGCCGUUCACCCAGCUGACCACUGAUCUGGCUGGACGAUCGGACGGCGAGCCAGGCGGAUCAUCACUAGAAGUGCAAACAAGGACGAUCGAUCUCUGGCCAGACCAUUGUGUUCAAGGGACGAAGGGGAGUGAGCUGGAUGGGGGGAUCCAAGAGCGUCUCGAGCGAUUGAAGAGCGAGGGCCGGACGGUGAAAGUGAUCCACAAGGGCAUCCACCCGGACGUGGAGAACUAUUCGGCCUUCCUGGAUGAUGGUGCUGAUCGGCUGGAUGAGUUUCUGGGCUCGCUGGGUGUGCGGAAUGUGUUCGUUGCUGGGGACUUCUGUGUGAAGGCCUGCUGUGAAUCCGCCCUGCAGGCCGGGCUGCGGGUCUUCUGGAUCCGGGAUGGGAUCCGGAGUGUGGGCGGGGGGUCGGUCCAGAUGGGGGUGGAGUGCGCGCUGGCGGGGGCUGCGGCUGUGCAGGGGGGCUCCUUCCGGGUGGUGCGCGGGGGUGCGGGGGGUGUGCGGGGGCUGCUGUGCUGA